AUGCUGCCUGUUGCCCUGUAUGGCCUGGAGGUGCCUCCAGGCGGAAUCUUGAUUCCUGCCAUGCAGGAGGACAGCUUCCCCGAUGCUGCUUUCCGCAUCACCAUGGCUGCUCUCGACCCCACGGCUACACCGGAAGCCGAUGAGGAGGGAAACAUCCCCGCCGUCCCCCGUGCCACUCUAAAGCUCGUGCGCCAGAGAUCUCCCGAUCUUGACGAUGAGCUCGAUGACGAGUACCUCCAGCAGCUCAUGGGCGGCGGCUCUGACUCGUCUGACGACGAUGAUGAGGACGAAGAAGAGGAAGAGGAAGCCAAUGGCGGCCCCAGCGACCCUUCUAAAUCCAAGAAGGCCAAGCAGGCAGCUGCUCUCAAGAAGCUCAUUGCAGCCGCCAAGGCUGAGGAUUCGGACGAGGAGAUGGCUGACGGCGCAGAGACCAACGGCAAGCCCAAGAAGAAGGGCAAGGAGCCCGCCACCUCGAGCGAUGAUGAUGAUGAUGACGAGAGUGAAGACUCCGAGGAACUCGACAUGGAAGACUUCGUCGUGUGCACUCUUGACACCGAGCGUAACUACCAACAAACGCUUGACAUCACCAUCGGCCCCAACGAGAAGGUCUUCUUCGUUGUGAUUGGUACCCAUACCAUCCACCUUACGGGUAACUAUGUUAUCGAUGCCGAUGAGGCGCCCGAUUCGGACAAGGACUCUGAGUAUGACUCGGAAAACGACUUCCCUGAGGCUCUCGAGGAGAUGUACGGUCAAGGCUCAGAGUCCGAGGAUGAUCUCGACGGCCUGGAGGACCCCCGGAUCAAGGAAAUUGAGUCCGAUGAGGAGGUCCCGAAGCUGGUGGAAGGCAAAAAGGGCAAGAACAAGCGGCCGGCCGAGGAUGCGACCGAGGGUCUCGACGCCAUGAUUGCCAAGGCUGACGCUGCUGGCGAGACUAAGCUCACCAAGAAACAGCAGAAGAAGCUGAAGAACAACAAGGGCGAGCCUGUUGUUGUCGAUGAGAAGAGCCCCAAGGCCGACAAGAAGGUCCAGUUCGCCAAGAACCUGGAGCAAGGUCCUACUGGUCCCGCCGCCAAGGGGGCAUCGCUCGGUGUCAAGGUUGUGCAAGAUGUCACCAUCGACGACCGCAAGCUUGGUAGCGGCCGAACUGUGAAGAAGGGCGACAAGGUCGGCGUUCGAUACAUUGGCAAGCUACAGGAUGGCAAGGUCUUUGACUCCAACAAGAAGGGCAAGCCGUUCAGCUUCUCUGCUGGUACUGGCCAAGUCAUCAAGGGCUGGGACAUCGGUAUCCAGGGCAUGGCCGUUGGCGGCGAGCGUCGCUUGACGAUUCCCGCCAAGCUUGCCUAUGGCAGCAAGAGCCAACCUGGCAUCCCGGCCAAUUCGACGCUGACGUUCGACAUCAAGUUGUUGGAAAUUAAGUAA